CGCGGGAGAUUCAAACUUCCCAGCUGGGAGCAGUAGCAGGUCCGCGGCUGGCCGGAGAUGGAGCGGCUGGAGAUGGAGCAGCCCCGGCGGGAGGGCGCCAUCGCCGGGCCGGUGCCGGAGCGGACGGGCUAUGAGCGCCUUACAGCGGACGAGAUGGAUGCCCAGAGGCAUCGGAACGUGGCCUACCAGUAUCUCUGUCGCCUUGAGGAAGCCAAACGCUGGAUGGAGGCUUGCUUGGAGGAGGAGCUGGCCUCGCCUACCGAACUGGAGGAGAGUUUGCGGAACGGGGUCAUCUUGGCCAAGCUCGGCCACUUCUUUGCUCCGGACGUGGUCCCCCGGAGGAAGAUCUACGACCUGGACCAGGCCCACUUCAAGGCGUGUGGGCUGCAUUUCCGUCACACAGACAACAUCAACCGCUGGCGGGAGGCCAUGAGCCACGUGGGACUCCCCACGAUCUUCCACCCCGAGACGACGGACAUCUAUGACAAGAAGAACAUGCCCCGCGUGGUUUAUUGCAUUCAUGCCCUGAGUUUGUUCCUGUUCAGACUCAGGCUGGCUCCCCAGAUCCAAGACCUGUACGGGAAAGUCAAGUUCACAGAUGAAGAAAUAAGCCAUAUGAGGUCCGAGCUGGAUAAAUACGGCCUGCAGCUUCCAGUCUUCAGCAAAAUCGGUGGGAUCCUCGUCAGCGAGCUCUCGGUGGAUGAAGCAGCAGUCCACGCCGCGGUCCUGGCCAUCAACGAAGCCGUGGAGGCCGGGGUUGUGGAGCAGACGGCCGCCGCCCUGCGCAACCCCAGUGCUCUGCUGGCCAACCUCCGGGAGAACCUGGCUGCUGUCUACCAGGAGAUGCUCUACCGGGCCAAGGCGGCCAAGAACCAGCACCUGCAAGAUGUCCCGGAAGGGGGAGACAUCUACUCCUGGUGCCUGACGCAGGCCGAGAUCCAGAGCAACGUCGACAAGGUGAACGUGACAGGCGCGCUAGAAGUGGUGGAUGACGCCCUGGAGGGGCAGGACCCCCAGGCCUUGCACUGCGCUCUGCAGGAUCCCGCUCUGGCCUUGAGGAACCUGCAGCGGGAGAACGCGGAUUGGUACCUGGACCAGCUCAGUGGCGACCGGGAGCAGAAAGCCCUGGAGCUGGGCUACGUUGAUCUGCUGGAGCCGGAGGAAAUCCAGGCCGGGGUUUAUGCAGCCAACGAAAGGGGGGGUCGGGAGCGAGCUGCGAGGCAGGCCGUGAGCCAGAUCAACGCUGCGCUUCGGAGGGGAGUGGCGGAAGAGACGGUGCGGGCCCUGAGGCGCCCCGAGGCGCAGCUGCCGGAGGUCUUCUCCUUUGCUGCUCCGCUGUACCAGGCAGAGCUGGCUGCCCUGCAGAGGCAGCAUCUGCAGGGGGAGCUGGUCCCAGAGGAGCUCUUUGUGGCGGUGGAGAUGCUGUCUGGGGUGGCGCUGGUCAACCAGGCCCUGGAGGACGGGGACGCUCGCAGCUGCUGGAGGAGCCUGGCCAGCCCCAGGCUGGGCCUCUCGGAGCUGGAGGAUAGCCACGCUCAGCGCUAUUUCGAGGACUUGUCCAAACAGAAGAACCGGCUCCUGGGGGGUUUCCUCGGCUGGAACGAGAUCCAGGCCUCCGUGAACGGCGUGAAUGUUGCCGCCCAGGAGGAAAGCGACAAAGUUGCUGCCAUCCGGCUGAUCAACGCAGCUCUGGAGCAGGGUGACGCCGAGAAGACCUUCACGGCCCUGCUGCUGCCGGCUGCCGGCCUCUGCGAAGUAGCGCUUCCCACGGCAGAGCGGUACCAUGCCGUGCUGACCGCGGCACGGAGGCAGAAAGCUCAGGUGACGGGGGAUGCUGGAGCCAUGUUGUGGUGGGAGGAGAUCCAGGAGGGCGUCUCCAGAGCCAACCAGGACACCCAAGCAGCAAAGAGAAUGGCUCUGGGCCUCGCUGCCAUCAACCAGGCCAUCAAGGAAGGGAACGCGGCACAGACGGUCCGAGUCCUGCGCAACCCGGACGUCUCUCUGUGCGGCGUGGUGGCGGAGUGUGCCAGGGCCUACCAGGCGCGGCUGGGGGGCCUCCUGGCAUCCAGGAAGCCCGCAGGGACCCCCACAGCCCACUGGGUCCGGCACCGGUUGAAGGACGGGGCCGAGUAUUACUUCAGCCUGCAGACGUUUGAGGGCUCGUGGGCCCGGCCGCGCCCCUGCCUGCUUCACGCCACGCAUCUCAGCCGGGAGGAAAUCCAGUCCACAAUCGCCAGUGUGACGGCGGCCCACAACCAGGAGCUCCUGUGGGCAUCCCGCAUCCCGCUGGUCGUCCGGCUGCAGGCCCGCAUGCGUGGCUUCCUGGCCCGGCAGGCCUUCCUGGCCCACCGGCACCUCUUCUCUCGGCAAGUGCCGGCUGCUAUUAAGAUCCAGGCCUGCUGGCGGGGAUGCCGGCAACGGAGGAGUUACCUGGAGAGGCUGCGGCAUUUGCGGAGGAACGUGGGCGCUGUGACCAAGAUCCAGGCGUGGGUGCGGAUGUGGCGUGCGCGCAGGCGCUAUCGGGAGCGUCUGCGCUACUUCAGGGAAAACGUGAAAGCUGUCAUCAAAAUCCAGGCGUUCGUACGAGCGAAUAAGGCACGAGGAGAUUACAGGCUGCUGGUGCACUGCCAGGACCCCCCUCUCGGCGUUGUCCGCCGGUUUGCCCACCUGCUGGAGCAGAGCCGGCACGACUACUGGGAGGAGGCGGAGCUGCUGGAGCUGCAGGCGAGUGCCGUGCGCGGGAUCCGCUCCAACCGGCAGCUGGAGAGCGACCUCGGCCUCAUGGACCUCAAGAUCGGGCUGCUGGUCAAGAACCGGAUCACCCUGCAGGAGGUGGUCUCUCACUGCAAGAAGCUGACCAGGAAGAACAAGGAGCAGCUGUCCGCCAUGGUGGCCGGGCGGGAUAAGCCGCAGGGGCUGAAGGCGCUCAGCAGGGAGAAGCAGAGGGCCCUGCAGGCCUACCAGCACCUCUUCUACCAGCUGCAGACCCAGCCGGCCUACCUGGCCAGGCUGGUCAUGCAGAUGCCGCAGAACAAGUCCACGAAGUUCAUGGAGUCGGUGGUCUUCACGCUCUACAGCUACGCCGCCAGCCCCAGAGAGGCCUUCCUCCUGCUCCAGCUCUUCCGGAGCGCCGUGCGGGAGGAGAUCGCGUCCAGAGUUGACCAGAUCCGUGACAUCCUCACGGGGAACCCCACGGUCAUCCGCCUGGUGGUGAGCUUCUACCGCAGCGCCCGUGGGCAGGACGCCUUGCGCCAGAUCCUGGGGGGUCCCGUGCAGGAGGUGCUGCAGAACAAAACCCUCAGCCUCCGGACCAGCCCUGUGGAGAUCUACAAAGGGUGGAUCAACCAAAUGGAGUCCCAGAGCGGGCAGAGGAGUAACCUCGCAUACGAUGUCAGCCCCGAACAAGCCCUCAGUCACCCCGAGGUCCAGAGGCGGCUGGACAUCUCCAUCCGGAAUCUCCUGGCAGUGACGGACAAGUUCCUCUCGGCCAUCACGUCUUCCGUGGACAUGAUUCCUUAUGGGAUGCGCUACGUUGCCAAAGUCCUGAAGUCGUCCUUAAUGGAGAAGUUCCCCAACGCUGCCGAGGACGAGAUCUACAAGGUGGUCGGGAACCUCCUCUACUAUCGCUUCAUGAACCCGGCUGUGGUGGCCCCGGAUGGCUUUGACAUCGUGGACCUCUCGGCUGGGGUAGCGCUGCACCCCGACCACAGGCGCAACUUGGGCUCCGUUGCCAAGAUCUUGCAGCACGCAGCCGCCCACCAGCCCUUCGACGGGGAGAACGGGCACCUGCGGGUGGUGAACCAGUACUUGGAGGAAGCGCACCACAAAUUCAGGCGCUUCUUCAGGGCAGCCUGUUCCGUUCCCGAGCCAGAAGCCCGGUUUCACGUGGACAAGUACUCGGAGAUGGUGGCCCUCGCCAGACCCGUGGUCUACAUCACGGCCGAGGAGCUGAUUAACACUCACAAGCUGCUGCUUGAGCACCAGCGCUCGGUGGCUCCCGACCCUCAAGACCCUCUCCACCAGCUCCUGGAAGAUCUCGGGGAACUGCCCACCCUCCAGUCCUUAAUAGGCGCAAGUGUGGGGAAUGGCGCUGACGGAAAUGCGGAGCAAGCCCUCUCGCGCCUGGGCAAAACGGAAGUCUCGCUCACCCUGAGCAGCAAGUUUGAGAUGGUGGAGACGGACCACGAGGGGUCAGACGUCAAGAGCUUGCUGCUGAGCACCAAGCAGAUGCUGGUGGACAUAAUCCAGUCGCAGCCUGGGGAUUCCCUCGUGGAGAUACUGCGGGCGAAGGUGACGGAGGAUCAGGAAGCUGCCCACCGCCACCUCCUGGAGAGCAGGGCCUGGCGCAGUGCCCGGGCUCCAAGCCAGCUGAGGCGGCACUGCUCUCUGGCCGGCAGCAGCCGCCUCCCGCUGGAGGAGAAGAAGCGGAAGGUGCUCCGGAACCUGAGGCGGCUGGAGAGCCUGGGGCUCGUGGACGCCGCCGACCAGUACCAGGCCAUCAUCAACCAGCUGGCCCAGGACGUCCGCAACCAGAGGCGGCACCGGCAGCUGCGGAAGGCCGAGCUGGCCGCCCUGCGCCGGACCCUGCAGGGCCUCCAGGCCAAGCGGCUGUUCUUCGAGGAGCAGGUGGACUUCUACCAGCAGUACAUCCGGACCUGCCUGGAGGGCCUGGCCCUGAAGAGCAAGCCUAGCAAGAAACAGGCGACUCUGCAUUACACGGCAGCCCGUCUCUUCGAAAAGGGGGUCUUGCUUGAGAUUGAAGAUCUCCCGGCCAGCCAGCUGAGGAACGUCGUUUUUGACAUUAUUCCCUGUGAGGAAGCCGGGAAGUUCCAGGUGAAGGCCAAGCUCCUAGGCAUCGAGAUGGAGAGGUUUCAGCUCCACUAUCAGGAUCUCCUCCAGCUCCAGUACGAAGGCGUGGCCGUCAUGAAGAUGUUUGGCAGGGCCAGGAUCAACGUCAACCUUCUCAUCUUCCUUCUCAACAAGAAGUUUUUCAAGAAGUGAUCGGAGGCCCUGGGCAACGGGCACAGGCAGGGGUGCCGAAAGGAUGCCCAAGACAGACUGGUGCUUUGGGGUGGGGGGCAUCUCUCCCCCUGCCCCCCCCCCAGCAAUCAACUGGAAGCAGUGAUCUCCCCAUCCUCACGGGAGGUGGCCAACUGCUUAAUACUCAAGGGCCCUAACCCUCAAGGGCCCCCCCGCCAUAGGGAAUGAUGCUCCCUGCAACACCACCACCGCCUUCUGUCCGUGCAUGUCGAACCCUAACUGCGACCCCCUCUUGCUGAUGCACUAGUCUUCUGUGUGCAGGGGAUGUCCGCCUCCACAGCAAACUGCAGGGCCCGGGCGUAAGCGGUCUGCCUUUUGGUGCACUCCAGUUCUUAGAUUCCCACAGCCGGGGAAGGCCUUUGACACUGCAGAGCCUGGGCUCCUCAGGGAGUGAGGAGGAGCAGAAGAGCUCAGGGGGCCCUUCCCAGGCACCCUCCAGAGAGCCCAGUGGCCCUCUCAAGUGGCCACUCUGCACGCUGCCGCCCCCCCCCCCCCGCUGGCGGUCCCUGCCUCGUCUUGGCCGCUCCCAUUUCCUGAGCUGCUGGGAGGUAUUUCCCAGAAGGGCCUCGGAGAACAACUCCCAUCAUCCAUGCGCCUGUGGCCCUUGGGGCUGGCGGUGAUGGGAGUUGUAUUCCAGCCCCAUCUGGCCAAGGCCCCUUAGGCUCCCUCGAAGAUCUCUCGAGGCCAGGGGGCUCUUUUGGGCAGCCUGGGGCAACAGAGCACUAAUUCCUUGGCUAACCUUUGAAUCUUCGGCAAGGCCUUCUCCUCUUCGGCCCAGGAUACUUUCCUUCCUUAUCCUGCAUGUGUACCCAUAAUAUAUAUUUGCUUCGCUCUGUGUUAGAAGCUUAAGUUAUUCAUAAACCUGGAAUUCCCAGUUGUUAGGAGAACCAAAUCCUGGAGCACACGGAACGUGUGUUAGUUUCCUCCCCCAGCCUUCUAGCCUGCACUUCACUGAGGACUCCUACAAGAUAUCUGCUGAUAACAUCAGAGGUCCCAGAAAACCUCCUGUGGGUUUUGUUUUUUGUUUUUACACCGGUGUAAGGCUUGCUUGGAAGCAGUAGCCAAAGACGAGGAAUUAAGGAUACCCGCCUGAGCAUUUUGAAAUCUGGUCAGAAUAACCUUGUGCUAUGCAUGGCUGCGUGGCGUGUUAAUGCCGGUCAAUUUUAGUUUGCCAUGUGCCGUUCUUUUAAAACAUGCCCUCCUCUGCAUCUGGCGGCUUUUGGGUGCUAGUUGCACAUCUGGGUGGGAGGGUGGCUUAGCUCAUGGGAGCUGCCAGUGAUCAUUAAAGGACUUUGACAUGUUUUUUAAAAAUAAAAUAAUUGCAUGCAA